CAACAAAUCAGAACACAAGCUUCUCAUCAUGUUGUUGACACGCUUAGUCAUCUGGCGCAGCGCUUCGCUAAUCAUUUUAUGCCAAAAUCUGUACGUGGUAGUGAAAGUGAUGCGAAUAAAUUAGAAGCGCCUCCUAAUAUAUCAAUUUUCUGGAGUAUUUUAAGAAGCAUUAAUGCUUCCAAUCCUGAGCAGAUGCUCCGAAGUGGGACAAAGCCCGAAAUUUUUUCUGAGCUUGCUGCUGAAACACUUGAAGCGUCUCCUUUUGCAUUUGUUGUUAAAUUUGUUCAUUCACAGAUGCCAAAUGUUGCUGACAAAGUAAUUCGAAUAACGUCUUUGCUCUCACAACGAUUGCCAGGAAAUUUUUGCGAAAAGGUUCCUGAUGAAACAAGAAAAUGGAUUGGACAGGAAAUGAAUGCUCUCACUAAUAUUCUGUUGGAAAGGUCUACAAAUGAAGCACUUCGGGAUGGACGUGCUCUAAUUGCGCAAUUACUCAGUGUUUUUCCUGAUGAGAAAGCUUCUAUUAUGGAAACUCUUCAUGAAUGUAUUCUUAAAAGCGGUGAUCAACUUCGUGAACAGUUGGGCGUUUUGCAAAAUCAAAUGAACGAGGUAAACAAAUCGAAAAAUGUUGUGGAUUAGUUAUUCGUUAUAUAAAAAAGAGUUGAUUUCAUCCCUAAGAACUUUGACUUUAUUUAAGAUACGUCGUUCCCUAUAAAUAAAUGCGUUAUAUUUCUUUAAUAAAUCCCGAUUUAAGGCUGUAUUUAUUUUGUGUGUGAUAGUCACACCAUGUUUUGUUUUAUUUAUUUUGAAUUCAUUUCUAUAAAAAAAUUCUUUUGUUAAUUUAAGUAAGAAAAUUUUGUAAAUUUCAGUG